AUGGCAGCCGGUUUCCUCUCGGCGUUUGUGCAGUACCAGCGGCUGUUCCAAAUGGUGAUCGUGUUAGGACUGGGCGGGACGCUUCUUAUUGGCUUCCAGGUCUCUGUGAUCACCUAUCCCUCCCAGGACAUCAAGAGAUUCAUCAAUGAGACAUGGGUAAAGCGACACGGGGCUGCUCUCCCGCAAGAAACCCUGACGGCGGUGUGGUCCUUCGUCAUUUCGAUCUACUGUCUUGGUGGUUUUCUGGGCUGCUUAUGGAGCGGACCUCUGGCCAUUAGAUGCGGAAAAAAGAAAAGUUUAAUAUGCAGCGAUUUUAUCGUAAUCACGGGCGCGCUUCUUAUCGGCUCCAGUAAGACGGCCGAGUCCUUUGAAAUGAUUCUGACGGGCCGCUUCCUUUACGGCAUCAGCGCAGGGCUGUGCCUGAAUGUCCACGGGCCGUAUCUCGGCGAAAUUUCCCCGAAGAAGUUCCGUGGUUUGGCCACCGCGAGUGCGGCUGUGUUCUUUUCCCUAGGAAAGGCCUUGGGGCAAAUCAUGGGCUUAAGAAACCUUCUGGGCACCGAGGCGCUGUGGCCCCUCCUGCUCGCCCUGUGCGGCUUCCCGGCGCUGCUGCAGCUGCUGCUGCUGCCGUUCUUCCCAGAGUCCCCGCCGUACCUCUUGAGGCACAAGAAGGACCCCGAGGCCUGCCUGAGAGCAGUGAAAGACCUCUGGGGCGAAGGACAUCAGCAAACCGAAAUAGAGGACACGUUGAGAGAGAUGGCCGUGCCAGGCUCCAAGAACUUGAGUAUCUGGGAAGUGGUGAAGGAGCCCAGUUUGCGAAGGCCGUUGCUUAUUGUCAUUCUGCUGAUCACGGGUUUGCAGCUCUGUGGCCUGAGUGCAAUCUACUUCUAUGCUUUUGAAGUUUUCCGUACCGCCGGCCUUGAAGAGGCGGUUAUCCCUUAUGUCACGCUGGGCAUCGGCCUCUCUGAAUUCGCCUCUGUGACCCUGUGCAGCUCCAUCAUUGACCACCUGGGCCGGAGAAUUCUGCUGUGGGGUGGUUUUGGGAUGAUGGCCCUGACUUUGGCCCUCCUCGUCCUCAUGCUGUCUUUCCAGGAUCAGUCUCCCUGGAUUUCUUACAGCAGCAUCACUCUCAUCUUCCUCUUCAUAAUUUUCUAUGGAAUUGGUCCAUCUGGUGCCAUCUUCUCUGUCAUGGUGGAGAUUUUCAGCCCUGCCGCAAGACCGUCUGCCCUCGUCCUUGCCGGCUCGGUCAGCUGGGUGGGCCUCUUUAUCACUGGCAUAGGGUUCCCCUUUGUGGUGGAGGCCCUCAGUUACUAUUGCUUCCUCAUCUUCUUUGGUGUGCUCGUCGGAAUGGGACUUUUCAUCUACCUCUUCCUUCCAGAGACAAAGGGGAAGUCAACCCUAGACAUAGCAGAAGACCUCAACAGGAUCCAUCUAGGGAAGAAGCUCACAUUAAUCGCACCAGAAAAUAAUUAUCCCAGGAGCCACAGCAUCUGUACCAAAUUAUGA